AUGUCGGAGAAGCCCAUUUCACACCUCAUCGGAGGCUUUGCCGGUGGACUCACCUCUGCGGUGAUUCUUCAACCAUUCGACCUCGUCAAGACAAGGCUUCAGCAGCAACCGUCAGGGUCUAUCCCCGACACUUUGAGGACAUUGUCCAGCUACAAGGAGCUGUGGAGAGGAACGCUACCCUCAGCUGUGAGAACCUCGGUGGGCUCUGCACUCUACCUCACGUCCCUACACGCAUUCAGAUCCGUGCUGGCGAAGAGCCAUAACAGCAGUGCCACCAAUGUGUCCGGGUCGAGCUCAUCGCUUCCCAAGCUCAGUAUGGCCGAAAACCUCGUCACUGGUGGGCUCACGAGAGGGUUUGUCGGGUUCGUCACGAUGCCCAUAACCGUGCUAAAGGUGCGGUAUGAGAGCACCGUCUACCAGUACGACUCCCUGUUAGGUGCCGUCCGAUCAAUUCACCAGACUGAAGGUGUAAAGGGCUUCUUUAGGGGCUUCACUGCCACUUGUAUGCGUGAUGCUCCGUACGCUGGGCUGUACGUACUGUUCUACGAGCAGUGCAAAAUGGUUCUGCCCAAGAUGCUGCCCAAUGUGGACACUGGAACCACGCUCUCGGUGAGCAAGUCAGCGAUGAUCAACUCGCUGAGUGCGUUUUCUGCUGCGAGCAUUGCAACCACCAUAACAGGGCCGUUUGAUACGAUAAAGACCAGAAUGCAGCUGAAGCCAUUGGAAUUCACGGGGUUCUGGCAGGCUGGUGUGAAGAUUGUGAGAGAAGAAGGAGCAAUUAGACUGUUUGACGGGCUCUCGCUGCGUCUGACGAGAAAGGCAUUCAGUGCUGGCAUUGCCUGGGGGAUUUACGAGGAGAUCAUCAAGUAUAUCGUCAGACAGCAUUGA